AUGUCUGGAAUUACCAACACUGUCAAGAGAAUUAUCACAAAGAACAAGCAUGCUUUGUGGACCGCCCUUGCCACGAAUGGUCUGGGACAAGGCAACGGGCGCACAAUUUAUAAAACAAAGGAUAUCCGUGCCGAUAAAGGUUAUGUCGACAAUCAGAACCCGAAUGUCUAUCAUUGGGAUUUACAGAUCAAUAGGGAGACCGAGGACGCAACUCUUAAGAAAGCAAUUGGGAAAAAUUCAGGGACGCAUAAGAAGUUAGGGAAAUUUACAUUUGAUACUGAAAAUCCACCUACCCAAGACGAGCUUGUAAAUAAUAUCGUCAACGGUAUUUAG